AUGCAUAAGGAAUGCUUGAAACAAUUUUACGACGAGAAUCCUAAUGCCUAUAUCCAGGACGCUGUUGAUUGCUUGUUCGAAGGCCUAGAAAUUAAAAAGUCAAGAGUGCAUGAAUUCAUGAAGAACGAAUGUAACUUGACUUUUAAGCAAACGGCUUUCUGGUCUGAGGCAAGAAUGAGUUUGAGCACAAUUAAGAAACGUUACAAUUGGGUUGUUGAAUGGA